CGAAAGGAAUGGAAAAUGGCGGCCUAGGCGCGGAGUUUCCUGCCCGAGCGGCGGCGGCGGCUCUCGCGGCGGCGCCAUGACGCGCUGGGUGCCCACCAAGAGAGAGGAGAAAUACGGCGUGGCGUUUUAUAACUAUGAUGCCAGGGGAGCGGAUGAACUUUCUUUACAAAUAGGAGACACUGUGCACAUCUUGGAAACAUACGAAGGGUGGUACAGAGGUUACACCUUGAGAAAAAAGUCCAAGAAGGGUAUAUUUCCUGCCUCAUAUAUUCAUCUUAAAGAAGCCAUAGUUGAAGGAAAAGGGCAACAUGAAACGGUCAUCCCGGGCGACCUCCCGCUCAUACAGGAAGUCACCACAACACUCCGGGAGUGGUCCACCAUCUGGAGGCAGCUCUAUGUGCAAGACAAUAGGGAGAUGUUUCGCAGUGUGCGGCACAUGAUCUACGACCUUAUUGAAUGGCGGUCACAGAUUCUUUCUGGAACUCUGCCACAGGAUGAGCUGAAAGAACUGAAGAAGAAGGUCACUGCCAAAAUUGAUUACGGAAACAGAAUUCUUGACCUGGACUUGGUGGUGAGAGAUGAAGACGGGAACAUUUUGGAUCCAGAACUGACUAGCACGAUUAGUCUCUUUAGAGCUCAUGAAAUAGCUUCUAAGCAAGUGGAGGAGAGAUUGCAAGAAGAGAAGUCCCAAAAGCAGAACAUAGACAUUAACAGACAAGCGAAGUUUGCUGCCACCCCUUCUCUGGCCUUGUUUGUCAACCUCAAAAAUGUGGUUUGUAAAAUCGGAGAAGAUGCCGAAGUGCUCAUGUCUCUUUAUGACCCUGUGGAGUCCAAAUUCAUCAGUGAAAACUACCUGGUUCGCUGGUCAAGUUCAGGAUUGCCUAAAGAUAUAGACAGAUUACAUAAUUUGCGAGCUGUCUUUACUGACCUCGGAAGCAAAGACCUGAAAAGGGACAAAAUCAGUUUUGUUUGUCAAAUCGUUCGAGUGGGUCGCAUGGAGCUGAGGGACAACAACACCAGAAAACUGACCUCGGGCUUGCGGAGGCCUUUCGGAGUGGCCGUGAUGGACGUAACAGAUAUAAUAAAUGGGAAAGUAGAUGAUGAAGACAAGCAGCAUUUCAUCCCCUUUCAGCCGCUCGCGUUGGACGACGCCAUUCGACACAAGCCGCUGAACAUGUCAUCCCGUUUUUCACCCAGGGUGGCGGGGGAGAAUGACUUCCUUCAGACUGUUAUAAACAAAGUCAUUGCUGCCAAAGAAGUCAACCACAAGGGCCAGGGUUUGUGGGUAACAUUAAAAUUACUUCCUGGAGAUAUCCAUCAGAUUAGAAAAGAAUUUCCUCAUUUAGUGGACAGGACCACAGCGGUGGCUCGGAAAACGGGGUUUCCGGAGAUAAUCAUGCCUGGUGAUGUUCGAAAUGAUAUCUACGUAACAUUAGUUCAAGGAGAUUUUGAUAAAGGAAGCAAAACCACAGCAAAGAAUGUGGAGGUUACAGUGUCUGUUUACGAUGAAGACGGAAAACGGCUGGAGCAUGUGAUUUACCCGGGUGCUGGUGAUGAAGCGAUUUCGGAGUACAAGUCUGUGAUUUACUACCAAGUAAAACAGCCACGUUGGUUUGAGACCGUUAAGGUGGCCAUCCCCAUUGAAGACGCCAAUCGCAGCCACCUUCGGUUUACCUUCCGCCACAGGUCGUCACAGGACUCCAAGGACAAAUCUGAGAAAAUAUUUGCACUGGCCUUUGUAAAGCUGAUGAGAUAUGAUGGGACCACGCUGCGGGACGGGGAGCAUGAUCUCAUCGUCUAUAAGGCAGAGGCGAAGAAGCUGGAGGACGCUGCCACGUACUUGAGCCUGCCCUCCACGAAAGCAGAGUUAGAAGAAAAGGCCCACUCGGCCACGGGCAGGAGCAUGCAGAGUCUUGGGAGCUGCACCAUCAGCAAAGACUCCUUCCAGAUCUCAACUCUCGUGUGCUCCACCAAACUUACCCAGAACGUGGACCUGCUGGGGCUCUUGAAGUGGCGUUCCAACACCAACCUGCUGCAGCAGAACUUGAGACAGCUGAUGAAGGUGGACGGCGGCGAGGUGGUGAAGUUCCUCCAGGACACCUUGGAUGCCCUCUUCAACAUCAUGAUGGAGAAUUCCGAGAGCGAGACGUUUGAUACGUUAGUGUUUGAUGCUCUGGUAUUUAUCAUUGGACUAAUUGCUGACAGAAAAUUUCAGCAUUUUAAUCCUGUUCUGGAAACCUACAUUAAGAAGCACUUUAGUGCAACUUUAGCCUACACGAAGCUGACAAAAGUUUUAAGGAACUAUGUGGACAAUGCCGAGAAGCCAGGAAUAAACGAUCAGCUGUACAAAGCCAUGAAGGCUUUGGAGUACAUCUUCAAGUUCAUUGUGCGCUCCAGGAUUCUUUUCAAUCAACUCUAUGAAGACAAAGGAGAGGCGGACUUCAUGGAGUCCCUGCUGCAGCUGUUCCGAUCCAUCAGCGACAUGAUGAGCAGCGUGUCGGACCAGACCGUCAGGGUGAAGGGGGCUGCGUUGAAGUACUUGCCAACUAUUGUCAACGAUGUGAAGUUGGUGUUCGAUCCCAAAGAGCUCAGCAAAAUGUUUACUGAUUUCAUCCUAAAUGUUCCCAUGGGUUUGCUGACCAUUCAGAAGCUGUAUUGCUUGAUUGAAAUCAUUCACAGUGACCUCUUCACACACCACGACUGCAGAGAGAUCCUGCUUCCCAUGAUGACGGAUCAGCUCAAGUACCAUCUGGAGAGACAGGAAGACCUGGAGGCCUGUUGCCACCUGCUCAGCAACAUCCUCGAGGUUCUGUACAGGAAGGAUGUGGGGCCAACUCAGAGGCAUGUCCAGAUAAUCAUGGAGAAACUUCUCCGGACAGUCAACCGAACCGUCAUUUCCAUGGGACGGGAUUCCGAACUCAUUGGAAACUUUGUGGCUUGUAUGACAGCUAUUUUACGACAAAUGGAAGAUUAUCAUUACGCCCAUUUGAUCAAGACUUUCGGGAAAAUGAGGACUGAUGUUGUGGAUUUCCUGAUGGAAACAUUCAUCAUGUUUAAGAACCUCAUUGGGAAGAACGUCUACCCUUUCGACUGGGUGAUAAUGAACAUGAUGCAGAAUAAAGUCUUCCUGCGAGCGAUUAAUCAGUAUGCAGACAUGCUGAACAAAAAAUUUCUGGAUCAAGCCAACUUUGAGCUACAGCUCUGGAACAACUACUUCCACCUGGCUGUCGCUUUCCUCACUCAGGAGUCCUUGCAACUGGAGAAUUUUUCAAGCGCGAAGAGAGCCAAAAUCCUUAACAAGUAUGGAGAUAUGAGGAGGCAGAUUGGCUUCGAAAUCAGAGACAUGUGGUACAACCUUGGUCAACACAAGAUAAAGUUCAUUCCAGAAAUGGUCGGCCCAAUAUUAGAAAUGACGCUAAUUCCUGAGACAGAACUGCGUAAAGCCACCAUCCCUAUCUUCUUCGAUAUGAUGCAGUGUGAAUUCCAUUCGACGCGAAGCUUCCAGAUGUUUGAAAAUGAGAUCAUCACCAAACUGGAUCAUGAAGUGGAAGGAGGCAGAGGAGAUGAACAGUACAAAGUGUUAUUUGAUAAAAUCCUCUUGGAGCACUGCAGGAAGCACAAAUACCUCGCCAAAACAGGAGAAACUUUCGUCAAACUCGUUGUGCGCCUGAUGGAAAGACUUCUGGAUUAUAGAACCAUCAUGCAUGAUGAGAACAAAGAAAAUCGCAUGAGCUGCACUGUCAACGUGCUGAAUUUCUACAAAGAAAUCGAAAGAGAAGAAAUGUAUAUAAGGUACCUGUACAAGCUCUGUGACCUGCACAGAGAGUGUGACAACUACACAGAGGCGGCCUACACCUUGCUUCUCCACGCAAAGCUCCUGAAGUGGUCGGAGGAUGUGUGCGCGGCCCACCUCACCCAGCGGGACGGGUACCAGGCAACAACACAGGGCCAGCUGAAGGAACAGCUCUACCAGGAAAUCAUCCACUACUUCGACAAAGGCAAGAUGUGGGAGGAGGCCAUUGCUCUUGGUAAGGAACUUGCCGAACAGUAUGAAAAUGAGAUGUUUGAUUACGAACAACUCAGCGAGUUGCUGAAAAAACAGGCUCAGUUUUAUGAAAACAUCGUCAAAGUGAUAAGACCUAAGCCUGACUAUUUUGCUGUUGGCUACUAUGGGCAAGGAUUCCCCACGUUCCUUCGGGGGAAAGUUUUUAUUUACCGAGGGAAAGAGUAUGAACGCAGGGAAGAUUUCGAAGCUCGGCUAUUAACUCAGUUCCCGAAUGCUGAGAAAAUGAAGACAACAUCUCCACCAGGCGACGAUAUCAAAAACUCUCCUGGCCAGUAUAUUCAGUGCUUCACCGUAAAGCCCAAGCUCGAUCUGCCCCCGAAAUUUCACAGGCCUGUGUCAGAGCAGAUUGUAAGUUUUUACAGGGUAAACGAGGUCCAGCGAUUUGAAUAUUCUCGGCCGAUCCGCAAAGGAGAGAAAAACCCAGACAAUGAAUUUGCGAACAUGUGGAUCGAGAGAACCAUAUACACCACGGCGUACAAAUUACCUGGGAUUUUAAGGUGGUUUGAGGUCAAAUCUGUUUUCAUGGUGGAGAUCAGCCCCCUGGAGAACGCCAUCGAGACCAUGCAGCUGACCAACGACAAGAUGAACAGCAUGGUACAGCAGCACCUGGACGACCCCAGCCUCCCCAUCAACCCCCUCUCUAUGCUCCUGAAUGGCAUUGUGGACCCUGCUGUCAUGGGAGGCUUCGCGAAUUAUGAGAAGGCCUUCUUUACAGAGCGGUACCUGCAGGAGCACCCAGAGGCCCAUGAAAAGAUUGAGAAGCUCAAGGACCUCAUUGCGUGGCAGAUUCCGUUUUUGGCUGAAGGGAUCAGGAUUCAUGGAGACAAAGUCACAGAAGCACUGAGGCCAUUUCAUGAGAGAAUGGAAGCCUGUUUCAAACAGCUAAAGGAAAAAGUGGAAAAGCAAUAUGGCGUCCGAACCAUGCCCUCAAGUCUGGAUGACAGAAGAGGCAGCCGUCCCCGGUCCAUGGUCCGAUCCUUCACGAUGCCAUCUUCAUCCCGGCCUCUGUCGGUGGCCUCUGUGUCUUCCCUGUCAUCGGACAGCACCCCUUCCAGGCCAGGCUCCGAUGGGUUUGCUCUGGAGCCUCUCCUGCCAAAGAAAAUGCACUCCAGGUCCCAGGACAAGCUAGACAAGGACGACCCAGAGAAGGAGAAGAGGGACAAGAAGAAGGAAAAAAGGAACAGCAAACAUCAAGAGAUGUUUGAUAAGGAAUUUAAACCCACUGACAUCUGCGGGCAGCAGUCUGAGGCUGUGAUUCUUUCAGAGACGAUAAGCCCCCUGCGGCCCCAGAGACCGAAGAGCCAGGUGCUCAGUGUCACUGGAAGUGAACGACGUUUCUCAGUGUCCCCGUCGUCACCGUCCUCCCAGCCGGCACCCCCUGCGGUCACGCCAAGGGCCAAGCUCAGCUUCAGUUUGCAGUCAAGUUUGGAGCUGAACGGCAUGAGCAGCGUGACUGGGAUGGACAUGGCCGAGGUCCCGCCCCCCCUGCCUCUCAAAGGCAGCAUGGCGGAUUAUGGGAACUUGGUGGAAAGCCAGGAUUUGAUCAGCUCGCCCACACCCCCGCCCCCUCCUCCUCACCAGAGGCACGUACCGCCUCCGCUGCCCAGCAAAACGCCACCUCCGCCCCCCCCAAAGACAGCGCGCAAGCAGACGUCGGUGGACUCGGGCAUCGUGCAGUGAAGGCCGCAGGCCCGCAUGGAGAACACGCUGCAGCCCUCCCUCUCCCUCUGUGUCUUCUCCUGUGUCUGCUCUUUCCCUCAUGGGGCCUGGACACGCCGUGCAAUUGCUUGUCCUGAAAAGGAGUUUCUUUCCAGCCGUGGCGUGAGUGGCCUUUCGCACCGGGGAGCAAGGUGGAUGUGGGUCUGAAAGGUACUGUUGUGCUUCUCAAAAUUGGGGGCUUCUGACUGUGUCCGUCUUGAGAGAUCCUAAGUCUUGCCCAAAAGUCCUCCGUUUGUGCCAAAUGACACUGAGCAAGGAACGCGGUUGACCGGGGUUUGGCUCAGUAGGAGAGGUGAGGCCGUCACCGUGAGACCGUGUAGUGAGCGAGUGCUCCUCUUCUCCCGACGCUGACCCCCAGCUUCCCCCCGAAGGGUGUUUUCUCAAGCCCUCCUCCUGCGGGUGUGACAUUGUGGUCAAGUGUAUCUUCAACCUGUAUGGGGCAGUUAAGGUCAGGCCUUUCAGGGCAGUUCCUAAUUUCCUUUGGUCUAAUUUAAAAUAGGAUUAUUUCUCAGCUACUGAACAGUUACUAAUUUAUGGAAGUGGAGACACCGUUAGAAAUACUGGAUCAAGUGGGAAAGUAAAUACAAGUAUAGGAAGAUCCAUUUUCUUUCUUUUUAAAAAGAGAAGGCCCAUAGCACAGAGAUGGCUUUAACUGGGUGAGUUCUUUCUGUCCUCAUUCUGUACAGAAGUUUGUAUAUAUGAUGGUUCUUAGAACUUAAGUUUUAAUGUUUUUGGUCCUUCCGUUUAUUGUAAUAGGCGUCUGCAAAUGAUUCUCGGUAUGUGUUCUUAAUUUUUAACUGCUGGAAGUGUAAAAAAAACACAAAUUACGUUUUGUUGAUUUUUUUUUUUCCUAAGCUCCGAAGUCCUGACAAUGUUGGUGGACGAUGAUUAAAAAAACAAAACAACUAACUUUGUAUAACCUAAUAUUUUUAUUCUGCCAUCUAUAUUUUUUUAUCCACUGUAAUCAUGAUACUCUUCUAGUAGGCUCAAAAGUUAUGCAUUGACAACAAAAAAUAAAAAGCCAUUUAAAAAGA